AUGAAUCCAGGAGCUCUCGUUUUGUUCCUGGUAAUGGCACCAUCUGUCCUCUGCGAGUGCCCCCUGAACAAGAUACACAACUUGGGCACCUGCGUUUACAAUUUACACUGCUUCCACAACGUAACUAGCAAGGGUUUGCUUAGAGAGUGCCUUGGCUCCACAAACCACGCAGUCAUCGUGGACGUCACCCUCGUCGAUGCUACAGAUAGAUUUGAUACCAGCUCAGAUGUAGAAUUCCUCUCUUUGAUAACAACGCUUAAAGUAUCCGGAAAUUGGCCCGAAACGAACCUCACCUUCCUAGAGAAUAUGUACAGGCUGAAGUCGUUAAAUUUAGCAGAAAACAAUAUUAAGAUCAUAAAUGACAGCCCGUUCCGUCAUCUUAACAGACUAGAAGAUCUCAACUUAUCUAAGAACCAACUCUUUGAUAUCGAGGAAUUGUUCCAGUUCGACUCUUACCCGAACACAGUUAGAAAACUAUGUCUCGCACACAAUUACAUCGAAGAAAUCCCAGGAGAUACCUUUUCUGAACUCACCAAUCUGGUGCACCUCGAUCUAUCUUACAAUUAUAUCACAGAGUUGUCUGAAGAACCAUUCUCGAACUUAACGAACCUGGCGACCUUGAAGUUAAACCACAAUCGUAUACAAAACUUGAACGGCGCGAUGAAUAAUCUUUUAAACUUGAAACACCUGCACUUGGCACACAACAACAUUAAAAACAUAGAAGAAGAGUCGAUCAAGAUCAUUUCCCACCUCGAAACGUUGGACAUUUCCAAGAACCAACUGGAGAAUUUGAAACCGAUAUUGUUUUCGAGACACUGGAUCCAUUUUGGCGAUCAUUCGAUUUGCAAGAUAAUACUUUCAGAUAAUCAUAUUGCGUACGUUCCUAAUGCGACGGUUAUAACAGAGCAAAAGUCUCGACAAAUAAGAAACUCGUUUAGACCGACUAAAAUAAUCGAUGUGUUCACGGAACUUGACCUGUCUCAUAAUUCCAUUACGCACAUAGAAUACAACGCGUUCCAAUCCAUCGUCCAGUUGACCUCCUUGGAUAUAUCGAACAAUAGACUGAUAACAUUUGACGUCAACACGACCGAUCUUCGAUUCGUAAAGUACCUCAAUUUGAGCAAGAACUUUCUCCAAACUCUUCAGUACAGUAGCUUCGCGUCUAUGAUCAACUUGCAAAACCUAGACUUGUCUUUCAAUAAGAUGGACUUUAUUCCGGACCAAUCUCUAAUGAACAAUUAUAGGCUGAAACUCAUGAAUAUGACGUUUAAUGAAAUACUUGAGAUCCGACGUUUAAGAAUAACCUUCGAUCGGGAGGGUGGAGUGCUAGAUCUUUCCAACAAUGGAAUAACUAACUUAAAUCUGCCACCGGGUGAUGCGUACGGUCUGACAUUUCUGAGAUUAAGAUCUAACAAUAUAACAAAGCCGUCACUUAUAAAGCUUAACCAUCAGCCUAAUCUUGCGCAACUUGACAUGAGUAAAAAUCUAAUCGAAGAGCUAGAUUCGGAGUCGUUACAACUGCCGGUGGUGUUGGGCAUUCUUGACCUGACCCAUAACUUGAUACAGAAGAUCGGGCCAUCCUCUUUCCACCGAGUCAGUCAUUUGAAGACUCUUCGUCUGUCCUAUAACAAAAUAACCUCUAUAGAGUAUGGCGCUUUCGAGGGUCUAUCUUCCCUCGUGAAUCUCGACCUGGCUUUUAAUAACAUAUCCCAUUUAGAUUCGAAGACGCUGAUGGACCUAAAACAGCUGAGCGUUCUUUCGCUGCGCAGUAACGAUCUCCUGUAUUUGGAUCAUAGUAGCUGGUUUGCUCAUAAACAAGUGUUGCGAGUGUACUUGGAUGAUAAUAGUUUCUCCUGCGACUGGCUGGCGUUAGCGUUGAGCGACUAUAACAAUGGUUACUCGAAAAUGUGCCCGACUGUACUCAAUACGAAUAUAAAUGGCCAUUCCAUAGAAGGCAUACCGUGCAAGCAAGAAGUUGGUGCAAUCAUGGAUUCUCAACAAAACUACAAUAUAGCUGACGAAAGACUUCUAGUGACCAAUCAGAAAAUCUUGGAGGCCGUUCAGGAACAGACCUCCUUCUUGAGGAAGUACAUGUGGCGUUUCGUUUUGCACGAUGCCGAGAAAAAAAAUAGUAAAUAA